CUUGGGAAUGGGUUUUUGUUUCUUCACAGAUUCUGAAGGGGGUUCUGUCCCUCUUCUACAGAAGAACUUAGAAGCUAUGAAUGUACCUUUGAAGCAUUAUGUAAUCUGUGAGGGGACUUGAUUUCUCUUGAUAUUCUCCUGUAGAAUGGCAAGGGCUUAUGCUGCUUGUUCAGGGGAUAUAUAUGUUGAAGAUAUGAAUAUUCUGCAAUUUGGCAGAGAAGAUCAAGCAUCCAUUUUCCAAUUUUUGCAUUCUUGAGGCUGGUUCUGUUAUCAUACACCUGUGAAUACCUCCUCUAAUAGAUUGACGGUGUUAGAAGAAGAAGAAGAAGAAGAAGAAGAAGAAGACUGUUCUGUUAACAGUGUAAAUCUCUAUUGGUCGGUGAUGCUGAUCAGAUCCUCUAGUGAGGUUGGCCGAUCGGUAACUUGGGAACUAGUCUCGGAGCCCUUACAGUGUUAGAAGAGAAUCGUCUUUUUCAUUUAAAAAACUAACAACUCUCCCUCUCUCAGGCUCUCACUGUGUUAGUUUGGAUGGAUUUAAAUAUAAUAAAGGGAGGAUGUAAUAUAGGCAAACGCAGGGGAAGUUGAUGUAAAUCAACUUUUAUUUUUUGGGUAGAAAUUCUUGAUGAUAAGUGGAACACUCGCUUCUGGUGUGGCUAACCAUCAACCAAAGGUACUCUCAAUGAGAAUCUCAAUGAGAAACUCGACUUAAUGAAAGUUUUGGGUAUGUAUGACUUCCUGCUUCUCAAAACUUCUGCUCUUUUUCCUCCACCUGAUCUUCCUGAGAGCUCUAGAAUGCUGGACUCACCAAUGAGGCUUCAAAGUGUCAUGCUCUUGGCAUGGAAGAAUGCCCCUGUGGAGUGUGGACUGAAACAAACAUCAGGAAGUCAAAAAGUUGAACGGAAAAGAAAAAUCAUAGAAACAAAAAGAGGGUAGCAGGUAUUUGUAUGUAUAUCUCAAUGAGAAACUCGAUUUGUUAUAGAUGGACACGAUAUUUGAAAUUUACAGUCCAGACUCCUGAGUGGCCGAACUUUGCUUGACGGAAUAACUCCAAAUUUUCAGGAGAGAGAGAAGGUUUUUCCCUUUCUCUUUGAGGUCGGUAGCGGCAGGGACGAGGAAUGUUAGGUUAGAAGUGGGGACGGAGGUGGUGGGGGCGAUGGAGUUAGAUGCAGAGGGUGUGGUUGUCUCACACGGAGGAAGGACCCACACGGAGGAAGAACUUACCUCCCAGGACCAUUGUUUUCUCUUCUUUCCUUUUAUUUAAUCGCGUCGGUGUGAUGUCUCCAUUGACCAGCUAAUAACAAAUAUCUGUCUGAAGAAUAUGUUGCCCAUUGUGAGUUUUCCCUAUAAAUUUCCUAUUUGUGAUCUAUCUUCUCACAAAAGUUCCCAUUUUUAAUUUCUUGUUCUUCUCAUCCUCUGAAGGUUGUCUUACUGCUGUUAACUUCUCAAUAAAAUUCACAAUUUUUUUUAGCUUUCCUGAUUAAGAAAGGAUGGCAGAAGCAAUCCUUUCUGCUCUUGCAUCCAAAAUCUUACAGGGUUUAGGCUCUCUUCUCAUCCAAGAAAUUGGAGCCGCAACAGGAGUAAAAAAAGAAUUGAGGAAGCUCGAGGAGUCUUUAUCCACAGUUGAUGCUGUAUUAUUGGAUGCAGAGAUGAAGGUUGCAAUGAACCAUGAGGUUAAAGAUUGGUUGAGAAAGCUUAAAGAUGUAGCUUAUGAUAUUGAGGAUGUGUUGGAUGAAUUCGCAACAGAAGCCUUGCGACAGAAAGUGGAGCUUCCUAACAACAUGAUAGUAAAACAGGUACGCAGAUGCUUUUCGCGUUCAAAUCCACUUGUGUUUCGUUUGCAAAUGGCUAAUAGAAUAAAAGAUAUUAUAGAGAGGUUGGAUCGUAUCCAAAAGGAUGAUGUUCGAGCUAAAUCUCAAUUUACAACUCAAAGUGUAGAUAUGGAGAUCAAUAAUGACUUCAGGAGGCAUACCAACUCUGUUGUAAUUGGAUCUGAGGUCUUGGGAAGAGAAAAAGAUAAAGAAAAUUUGGUAGAAUUGUUAACUUCAGGUGGCAAUCAAGAGAAUGUCAUGGUCAUUCCUAUAGUUGGAAUUGGCGGGUUAGGGAAGACAACGCUUGCUCAGUAUGUGUAUAAUGAUGAAAGGGUCAAGACUCAUUUUGACUUGCAAAUGUGGGUGUGUGUCUCGUUUAAUUUUAAUGUUGCAAACAUUGCAAAGAAAAUUCUGGAAAAUCAAUCAGAGUCAGAACUUAAGGAAAAACUAUCCAAAAAGAGAUACUUGCUUGUCCUGGAUGAUGUCUGGAAUGAACAUCCCGGCAAAUGGGAGGACUUGAGAAAAUUAUUAAUAGGUGAGGCAAGUGGAAGUAUGAUCUUGGUAACCACCCGUAGUCAAGAGGUUGCAUCUAUCAUGCGCCCGAUUAAAUCAUUUUAUCCCUUAGAAGGGUUAAAUGAAACUGAUUGUGAAUCAUUAUUCAAUGAACGGGCAUUUGGGAAAGGAAAAGAGACAAACUAUCCCGAGCUAGUGGAGAUAGGGAAGGCUAUAGUGAAAAAGUGUGGAGGAGUGCCUUUGGCUGCAAAGGCACUAGGAAGUUUGUUGUGCCUUAAAAGAUACAAAAAGGAUUGGUUGGAUGUCUUACAUACUGAAAUUUGGAACCUAGGUGAACAAGAACGAGAAAUCCUACCUGCUCUAAGGAUAAGCUACAACCACUUGCCAUCCCAUUUGAAGCAAUGUUUUGCCUAUUGUUCUUUAUUCCCACAAGAUCAUGAAAUUGAUGUUGGUGAUUUGAUCCAUCAAUGGAUGGCACAAGGGUUCAUCCAACCACCACUUAGAGGAAGUCAUGUAACAUUAGAAGACAUUGGCAAUAGGUAUUUCAGGGAGUUAUUAUGGAGGUCAUUCUUUCAAGAGGUUAGAGAAGAUAGAUUUGGCAACAUUAAGGAAUGCAAAAUGCAUGACCUUGUGCAUAGUCUUGCACGAUGGGUUGCAGGGAUUGAAUGGUCUGAGGUAGACUCGGGAAAUAGACCGAUUUCUAUACCUGAGGGAGUCAGACACAUGGUGGUUCGUGGAAAAGAGGGAGAUGUGUUAAAUCAUCAAACUUUGAUAACCUUUGACAGGGCCCAAAAGUUACGGACACUCUACUUGCAAGGUGAUGAGUUCAAUGAGUUGGGAAUUAGCAGUGGAUUCGUCUCAAGUUUGCGAGGCUUGCGCGUGUUAAAGUUAAGAGAUUUAGGAAUGCGACAUGUGCCGAGUUCUAUAGGUUACCUAGAACAAUUAAGGUACCUUGACCUCUCUGGCAAUGAUUUCGAAGCACUCCCUAAUUCUAUUUGCAGGUUAUAUAAUCUGCAAACACUAAGACUUGAAUAUUGUACGAGUUUUGAUGAGUGGCCGAGAGAUAUGACAAAAUUGGUUUGCCUUAGACAUCUUGAAUUGAAAAGCAAAUUUGCAAUGAAAUACAUGCCAUGUGGGUUGGGGCAGUUGGCUUCUCUUCAGACUUUGGGAUAUUUCAUUGUGGGUGACUCAAACGACAGAAGGAAAAGAUCAUUGAAAAAAGUAAUGGGUGGGCUUGGGGAGUUGCAUGGCCUAAACCAACUUCAGGGGUUUUUAUGCAUUGAUGGGCUUGGAAAUGUGAGAGAUGCUAGAGAUGCCGAGGAAGCAAAGUUGAAGGAUAAGUCGGAGCUUCAAUCUUUGAAAUUGUGUUGGUUGACAGAGUGUAGUAGGCUACCACUAGAAGAUGAACAAGUGUUCGAGAAUCUCCAGCCACAUCCAAAUCUCAAGGAGCUGAAAAUUUGCAACUAUGAAGGCAUCAAAAUGCCACGUUGGAUGACACUUUCUUCUUCUCUUCUCCCAAAUAUAGUGGAACUUCAAAUAUUUGAUUGUUCUAAUCUCAAAUGUUUGCCGCUAAUUGGUGAAUUCCCUUGCCUUAGGCAUCUCAGUCUAUUUUCUUUAAAUUCCCUGGAGUCCAUAUGCAAUAGACUGGUGGUGAGGGGCAAUAAGGGAGCAGUGGAAGGAGGAAACCAUUAAUGGUACUAUUUCCAUCCCUAGAAGAGCUUUUUCUUGAGUCUCUGUCAAGUCUGGAGAGUUGGACAAUCUCAAUAGAAGAAGGAGAAGAAAUUGAGUUGUUUGAAGGCAUCAAGAUGCCACGUUGGAUGAUAUUCUCUUCUUCCCUGCUCCCAAACCUAGUGGAACUUCGUAUAGGGAAUUGUUCUAACCUCAAAUGUUUGCCAUUGAUUGGUGAAUUCCCCUGCCUUAGGCAUCUCCAUCUAGAAUCUUUAUUUGCCUUGGAGUCCAUAUGCAAUAAAUUUGUGGUGAGAGGCAACAAGGGAGGAGAAGGAAAACAUUUUAUGGUACCAUUUCCGUCAUUAGAACAGCUUAUUCUCAAGUCUCUGUCAAAUCUGGAGAGUUGGAUGAUCUCAGAAGAAGAAAGUGAAAUUAAGGUUUAUGAACGCGUCAAGAUGCCAUGCUGGAUGAUACUCUCUUCUUCCCUCCUCCCAAAUCUAGUGGAACUUCAUAUAGAGUAUUGUUCUAAUCUCAAAUGUUUGCCAUUGAUUGGUGAAUUCCCUAGCCUUAGGUGUCUCCAACUAUUUGAUUUAGUUGCCUUGGAGUCCAUAUGCAAUAAAAUGGUGGUGAGGGGAAAUGAGGGAAGAAGAGAAGGAAAACCACUAGUCGUACUGUUUCCAUUGCUGGAAGUACUUAGUUUCAAGCGUUUGCGAAAUCUGGAGAGAUGGACAAUCUCAGUAGAGGAAGAAGAUGAUUCAGUAGAAGCAGAAAAAGAAACACAAGAUAAUCAUUUGCAUUGGUUGUCUUUGAUGUUUCCGCGUCUUACUGCCUUGUCCUUACGUUCCUGCCCUAUCCUAACAACAGUGCCAAUGCUUUCGGUAGGGGGAAUACAACAUCUCACCUCUCUCCGAAAAUUGAGCAUCGAUGGUCUUGACAGAUUGGUGUCUCUGCCCGAUUGCCCUGCUCCUUCAACACUAGAAGAGCUACACAUCGAUGGCUGUCCAAAUCUGGUGAUAUUUCCAGACUGCUUCUUUGCAAAUCUCAAGUUACUUUCUGAGUUUAAAAUUCGGAAUUGUAGCAAGGAUUUGACAUCUCUACCGGAAGGGAUUCAACACCUCACUGCCCUGAAACGGCUAAGUAUUUUCAGGUGUCCAGGCUUGACAACAUUACCUAAGGGACUGGAAAACCUUUCAUCACUUCAAGUGCUUGAUAUUCAGUAUUGUUGUAAUUUAUCGUCUCUACCAGAAGGGAUUCAGCAUCUCACCGCACUGGAAACACUGAGAGUACGGAAUUGUCCUGAUUUGAAAGUAUUACCCAAUUGGCUCGGAAACCUUGCAUUGCGUGUACUUGAAAUUCCAUAAUGUACUCAUCUGUCUUCCUAGGGAUUCAGCACCUUAUUGCACUGGAAGUGGUGGGAAUUGAUUACUGUCCAUGUUUGAGAACAUUACCUAAUGGGCUCGGAAACCUCGCAGCGUGUAAUUGAAAACACAGACUGUCCUGAUUUCUCUUCCUUGGGAUUUCCUGAGGUCUCAUCGUAAAAGAUUCAGAGUCCUUGGUGGCAGCUUCUACUGACCACAUUCAAGCCGACUGAGCUACUCCAUGGGCUUCAAUCCUCUUUAAGUGAAGGUAUAGAUACCAAACGAAUGUUCAUGGAAAGAAAAUUCCACUUCAUCUUCUUCAGGUAACAAGCACACCGGCAGAUGUGCCAUCAAUAUUCUGAAUCCUGUCUCAGCCAUAAUGGAUCUUUGGUCUUAAGUUUUAGCAAGUCAACAAAACUACUCAAGCUGUUACGAACCUGCUUGGUUUAAGUGGGUGAACAAGGAAAAGUUCAGGAAGAAACAAGUGAUCAGGGUGUGUGUGUGUGUGUUCAGGAAACUGAUUCACGGAUAUAUGUGUGACAUUGUUGAGUUUCUCAAGAAGGCCUGUGUGAGGAUUUGUUUGCAAUACAAGCUAAUGGGAAAGAAGAUGAUUCAGCAAACAAGCAUAAUGCACUGACCUCUCAUUUUUUUCACCUAGAGACUUUUCGUUUUGUAGUGAGGUGAUCGAAGGCCCUGGUACAGAGGUGUUGGUUGAAAUUCCUAUAGAGAGCUGUUUGCAUGACCAAGCAUGUUGUUUAGUAUGGGGUUUCAUAUAAUAUCUAUGUGGAAAUCACAAGGCAAGUUGAAUAAUUGGCCAUUUGAUGAUGAAAUAAUUUUCUAAACAUGGAGUUAUAACCCUUUAUAAUGCAUUUGAAGUGAAGUUGAAGUUGAUAAACCUUCCAGCUUUACAAGUAUGACAUGCAAGUGGAAAAAUAAACUAUCCACCGCCCUUCUCGACGGAUGGAUGUGGCGCCUAGGGAUGCGAGGCAAGCUGUGGCAGCAAAUCAUGGUAGUUAAACAGAAAGUCAGUAUUUCUGGGUUCAGCAACUUCAUACCUUCUUAACUGAGAAUGGGAUUGCAAACUGAGAUUUAUUCUUUAUUGACGAUGAAACAAUUAUCUGGAUAUGAACAGAAAGCUAGAAGCCUUCAUAAUGCAUUCAAGUGCAGCUGAAGUUGAUAUAGCCAUCCAAAUCACAAGUUUGAAACGAAAUUGGAGAAAUAAACCAUCGAUCACGCUCGGUGAUAGAUUGUUGUGGUGCUAAGCGGAAGAGCAAGGAAGGCUUCUUGAAACAAAGUCAUAAUGGCUCAAAAGAGUGGUGCUCUGUGCGGGUUCAGCAAUUCCAGGCCUCUUAUCCAAAUUGAAUUUGGGACUUCCGACUGUGCACCCUUUUGGAUUGACCGGUGAUAUGGCGACGUUGUUAUCAAUGUUGAAUUCCUGGUUUUAUUCAAGAAAGCCUCAAACAAAAUAGCGAGGGUCAGGGAUUGGAAUUAAGGUUCUCAUAAUAACCUCGUUUGGUGCCAAAGAUUUUGUGUCAUUCUGACCUCUAAUGUAUGGAGAAUUGGAGUUCAUUACCCUACUGAUCCGGUUGCAAUAGUUUGCCUCCCUCAUCACCUAAAUAAGAGAUUGUGCUUCCUUUUUUCAUAAGAUUGUUUCUCUAUGAAGCAUUACUUCAAUUUCUAGAUCCCCGGACAAGACUGAUUUGCUCACACAUCAAUUUAGAAUCAAAGUGGUUUCCUUGAUAUUCUACUGUGUGGCAUGGAUUUCUUCAUCCUAGACAAUCUUUCUUUAGGUGAAGAAGGAUGCAUCAAAGGCUUCCAACUGACUACUAAGAUACUCAGAAAGGGCAUCCCCAUGGCUUCAAGAUGCUCUUUGUGCUUAUGAGCGGCAGAAAGCUUCAAUCACAUUUUCUUGGAAUGCACUGUAUUUAGAUCUUUUCAAGCUUGCUCGUCCAAAUAUUGCUUCUCUUCCUAUAUGUUGAUGUGGUCAGAAAGAAAAUCAGUAGAUGGGUGAAAAGAAGUUUAAUAUAGAUGCGUGCUUUUUGGGAAAUCCAGAACAUGCAAGUGCAGGAGGAAUUCUAAGAGAUUCAGGUGGUGCUCUUGAGGAUGUUUUUCCAAGUUUUUGAGUGUUCGCUCUAAUAUCUUUGCUAAAUUUUAAGCUCUGUUUAUCUGUUUGAAGUUGGCAAAGAAUAAAAGAAUUACUCAUCUUUGGAUUGAAUGUGAUUCCAAUGCAGUAGUUAUUUCUGUUCAAACUCGACCAUUUCUUAAAUGUUUCAGCAGCAGUGGUUAUAUAUUUCAAGCAAUUUGUGUC